UAACACACACCUGAUUUCUCCUCCUCCUCCGCCGCCCGCCGCCGCGCUCUGCCUCGACGGUCCAAAAACCUCCCUAAACCCCUUCCCCAAGCAUAGGCCACAACCAUCAUCGCCUUCAUAUAUUGUUGAAUUUGUUAUUUCUUCGUUUAUGUAAGAAAGUAUCGAUUCCAGAGGCGAUCAUUUGAUUUUUGGUUUCUUCCCCGACCAUUUCUCGCUCAUUUGAUAGCUUGAAGAAUUCACAAGAUGGCUUCCAAGGCGAUUUUGAGGAGGAGAAAAAUCAUUAAGGAUUACUUUAGUGUACCCGUCCGUCCUAUUCAGGUCUUUCAAUCCUUGGGUCCUGGACAGGCUUGUCUGUGCUUGGAUCCUCACAGUUAUACUUCCUCAACUGGCCAUAUCUCUCAAGGUUUAGAACAACUGAGAGAAAAUAAUGGGACUUCAACUUUUAGUAAGGAGCCUCUAGUUUUGUCAACCUUUGGAAUCUUUAAGCAGAAAGCUUAUGUAACCAGAACAUUCAGUUAUGGAAAUAGAAAGUCAGAUUUCAGUUCCAUGGUAGGAUUUAGGUCAAUUUUACAACCUAGAAAUUAUGCUUCCAUAGCAACAGCAAAGCAGCCUGAUUUGGGGAGUGAUGAUGAGGAUAGUGAAGAAAUGAAAGCCAAGAAGAGAAGGGAAGCUUCCCCAGAAGAAUGUGAUCAAGCUGUUGCAGGACUUAGUACUGCAAAGGAGAAAGCAAAAGCUAAAAAGAUGCAAGACUCUAGUGCAGACACCCCAAUUUUGAAGAAACUAUGGGCCACAUUUCUGGGCAUUGGUCCUGCUUUGAGAGCUGUGGCUUCUAUGAGCAGAGAAGACUGGGCCAAGAAACUUGUCCACUGGAAAAAUGAGUUUGUAUCAACAUUACAGCAUUACUGGCUAGGUUGUAAGCUUCUGUGGGUAGAUGUCAGGAUCAGUUCAAGAUUAUUGCUGAAACUUGCCAGCGGAAAGAGUCUCUCUAGAAGGGAAAGGCAACAGCUUACAAGAACCACUGCAGAUGUUUUUAGGCUUGUUCCAUUUGCUGUUUUUAUCAUUGUUCCAUUCAUGGAAUUCCUGUUACCUGUGUUCCUGAAGCUCUUUCCCAACAUGUUACCAUCAACAUUUCAGGACAAGUUGAAAGAAGAGGAAGCAUUGAAACGGAGAUUGACUGCAAAAAUAGAGUAUGCAAAAUUUCUUCAAGAGACAGUUCAAGAAAUGGCAAAAGAAGUUCAAAAUUCAAGGAGUGGAGAAACUAAGAAAACAGCAGAGGACCUUGAUGAAUUUUUAAAUAAGGUUAGGACUGGUGGUCGGGUUUCAAAUGAGGAAAUUUUGGGAUUUGCAAAGCUGUUCAAUGAUGAACUCACACUAGAUAACAUUAGCAGACCUCGUCUAAUAAGUAUGUGCAAGUACAUGGGAAUCAGCGCUUAUGGAACAGAUGCCUAUUUGCGGUAUAUGCUACGGAAGAGGUUACAAAGUUUAAAGAAUGAUGACAAAUUGAUUCAAGCAGAAGGUGUGGAGUCUCUAUCAGAGGCUGAGCUUCGCGAAGAUUGUAGGGAGAGAGGUAUGAUUGGAGCAUUUUCAGUGGAGGAAAUGCGCCAACAGCUCCGAGAUUGGCUAGAUUUAUCUCUGAAUCACUCUGUCCCAUCUUCACUUUUAAUACUUUCUAGAGCCUUCACAAUCUCAGGGAAAUUGAGACCGGAGGAAGUAGUGCGAGCUACAUUGUCUUCACUUCCAGAUGAGGUUGUGGAUACUGUAGGGAUUACAUCGUUACCAUCUGAAGAUUCUGUUUCCGAAAGGAGGAGGAAGUUGGACUUCCUUGAAAUGCAGGAGGAACUUAUCAAGGAAGAGGAAGAGAAGCAGAAAGAAGAAUUGGCACGGAAAAAAGAAUCUGAUGGUGCUGAAGUUGAUGUGGCUUUAAAUGAGAUGAUACUCCCAACAGCAGAAGAAGCACAACAACAGGCUAGAUCAAGGGCUUUGGAUAAACAAGAACAGCUUUGUGAACUCAGUCGGGCAUUAGCUGUUUUAGCUUCUGCUUCAUCUGUAAGCAGGGAGCGUGAAGAAUUUCUAAGACUUGUCAAUAAAGAGAUCGAGCUUUACAACAGCAUGGUGGAUAAAGAUGGAACAAGCGGUGAAGUUGAGGCAAUGAAGGCUUAUAUAGCUGCUCAUGAUAAAAAUGAAGAUGGAGCUGAAGUGCCUGAGCACAACAGGGUUUCAUCUGCUCUUAUAGAUAAGGUUGAUGCUAUGCUUCAAAAUCUUGAAAAGGAAAUUGAUGCCGUGGAUGCAAAAAUUGGCGAUCAUUGGCGGAUACUCGACAGAGACUAUGACGGUAAGGUGACGCCAGAAGAGGUGGCUUCAGCCGCAAUAUACUUGAAGGACACAUUAGGCAAAGAUGGGGUGCAGGAACUCCUCAGCAGUCUUUCCAAAGAUACAGAUGGGAAAAUACUUGUGGAAGACAUUGUCCGACUAGGCAGCCGUGUGGAAGGUGGCCGGAAUGCUGAUUAGAUAUAGUGAAUACAAUGAAGUAAGUUUAUCCGCUGUUAGUCAUCCGUUACAUAGUCGCGAGAGGUAUUAUGCUUAUGGUCUCUAUAAUCGAAUGUAACAUAUAUGAUCUUCAUGCUUUUAUACAUGAGACUUUAUAUUUUUCGAUAUGUUAACAUAUGGAAAUUAAAUAGUUACGUCUAGCAAUGAACAA